AUGAAGCGGCGACAACAGGUUGUGUCGACGUACUUCAACGCUAUCAAGUCGAAGAACGACGAGUUCGUCGCCAUGCUCAUUGAGUCCGGCUUGGUCACAACGGAGACUACCGAUAAGAAUGGUCGGACGCCGCUUCUUGCUGCAGUUGAAGCAGGAAACGUGAGAACCGUGCAGCAGCUCAUGGAUUUUGAUGCUCAUGUCAACGCGUUUGGAGUCACAGCAGGUUUGCCAGUCCGGAGAUAUGGCAAGCCACCGGCCAAGACGUAUCGGACGCCCCUGCAGCUUGCCGCGGAGAAGGGCAACCUCACCAUCGUCAAGCUUCUCAUGGAAACAUACCACGCAGACGACUCGCUAAUCGCGCCGGACGGCGAACUCGCGCUCCGACUCGCAGCUUCCAACGGUCAUCGCGAGAUCGUCAAGUAUCUGCCCGUUCGGAGAGGUGGCGGCUUGCGCAGAUGGAAGACGAAGCAUAACAAAGCCAUGCAACGCGUCAAGAGAGCGGGGAAGAACAUCUAUAAGUUCUUCAAGUUUUUCUUGUGGGAUACGCCCAAGUUUUUCCUAUGGUCCUUGCCGAAACACGCCAUCUUUCUCCCUGUAUCGCGUGGCGCCAAGUGGAUGUACGAGCAUCAGCAUGAGAUUCCUGGGAUUAUUGCAGGAUGGCUGAAGAAGGUCUGGGAAUGGAUAAAGAAAGUGCCACGGGAUGUGUGGGACUUUGCAAAGAAGGUGCCGAAGUUUGUAUGGGACGUGGUUAAGAAGAUCCCAUCCAUGGUGAAGGCAUUCUUCAAGUUUGUCUGGGAUGGUAUCAAAAGCAUUCCCAAAGCAGCAAGGUUGGUGUUUUUGUGGAUAUGGGGUGGCAUCAAGAGCAUCAGCACCACCAUCGGCCACGUUUUCGCCCAAUUAUUCUCCUUCAUUCAUACAGCCCUCUCCGCCAUCACAUCCUUCUUCCGCAACCUCACGUGGACUGAUGUGCUGAACGGCUUGCAAGCAUUCCUCCGCGCAAUCUUCAUUGAUGCGCCGAGGAAGAUUUGGUCGUGGCUUCGCAAGUUCGAGGAGAUGACUCUCAAAGUUUUCGAGAGCAUCUUUGGAGUCCUGGGCUGCAUCGUAUGGUGGUUGCUGAGGGGGAUUGUGGAGCUCUUUAUCUAUGUACCGAAGAAGGUGGGGUUGAUUUUUGCGGGGAUUGCGCAGAGCAUGGGGAGUGGGUGUAAGGAGGUCUUGAUUUGGAUCAACCCGAAACGAUUUUAG